GUGUUUCUGCAGUAGAAGAAGAAGGAGCGGGAGGUUGUGUUGCUGUGUGCAGAGAGUCUGUAGAUACUAACCUCAGUUUAGAUAAUAACCUCAGUUUAGAUAAUAACCUCAGGUGACUUUAGAGCCUCUCUCAUAGAUAUCUAUCUCCGGUAACAGAGUCUCGACUAACCUGGAUCUCUGCCGGAGGACAUGUACCGAGGCCGGCCUCAGAGAGGAGGCUACCGGCCGCCUGAGGCCCGCGGGCCGCCGCAGAGGCCCUACCCGGCCCAGGGGUUCAGGGACCACCGGCCCGCCUACAACCAGGGACCGUCCUACCCUCCGGGACCCUCCUACUCCCCGGGACCCCCGCUGCACCAGGACCGCAGAAGGAGGUACGGAUCCCCCGGGGAGAAGUGGAGCUCCGGAGCCCAGAGAGAGAGGUCGCUGUCGCCCAUCGACCACAACCUCGUCAUCACCGUCGGCAACGAGCUGACCGGACCCUCUGGCUCCGCCCCCUCACGCCACCAUGACAGAGACUACGCUCCCCGGCCCGAGUACGAGCGGAGCAGGAGCCGGGGCCGGAGCCGACCCGGCAGCCGGAGUCCGGACCGGAGUCGCGCCAAGAGUCUGGGACGGGCCAAGAGCCGGGGCCGGAGCAUGAGUCGCAGUCCGGAUCGGAGCCGGGCUAAGAGCAGGGGCAGGAGCCGGAGUCCGGAUCGGAGUCGGGCUAAAAGUCUUGGAAGGGCAAAGAGCCGGGGCCGGAGCACGAAUCGCAGUCCGGACCGGAGCCGGGGGAAAAGCCGCGGCCGGAGCAAGAGUCACAGUCCGGACCGGAGCAGGGCCAAGAGCCGGGGCCGGAGCAUGAGUCGCCCCCGGUCCAAGUCCAGAACCAGGGGGCAGAGCCACGGUCGCAGUAAGAGCCGGCCGCGGAGCCGCAGCUCCAGCAGCAGCUCCAGCUCCGGGAAGUCAGGCAAAGAGUUCAGAGAGCUGGACUCAGCGCGGCGCCUCAAAGAACUGCAGGAGAUGCUGAGCCAGCCCACCAAGUCCAUCCUGAAGAGACGCCAGGACUCCGAGGACUCGCCGUCUCUGAGGACCUCGGACUCCCCCCGAGGGUCCCACAUGUCCCAGGUGGCUGACCAGCUGCUUCAGGCGGUUAAAGGCAUGGAGCCUCACCUGGUGGCCUCGGUGCUGUCGGAGCUGCAGUCCGACCCGCAGAUGGCUCAGCGCAUUGGACUCGACGCAGAGAUUAAAGAGAUCCUCCACAUGCUGGGGGGGCCGGCGGGGGCCCAGGACAGGACGGAGGACAUCGAUGACGAGGAGAAGUUCCUGUACGGAGACGCUGAAGACCCCAAACUCCCGUCUGAGCCGGUCCGUCCCCAGGGUCUGGACCUGUACGGAGAUGUGACGGAGGACGCGCUGUACGACGACUACCCCCCCUCGCAGGAACCCGUCCUCCCUCAGACGUUCGGCCUCCCACCGGGGCCUCACCUUCACGGCCCCCGUGCCAUGGGGCAGGUGGACGAGAGGUACCGGGCCUCCGUCAGCCCGGACCAGAACCUCACAGGGCCGGAGCCACCGGGGCCAGGAGAGCGUCAGGCGCUCGAUGAGUACGAGAAGAUCCAGGACCUGCUGAAGACCAUCGGGAUGGACCUGGGCGUGACUGAGAUCAGCAAGAUGGCCGCCAGGACCAAAGAGCGCCUCCACGGAAACAAGCCGCCCCCGAAGACGCCGACCCGCAGGCAGCGGUCGUCCUCCGGCAGCUCGGAGGGGGGCCGGGCUCGCAGGAGGCGGGGCCACAGCAGGAGGCGGAGCCACAGCUCCAGCAGCAGCGGGGGAAGCUGGAGCAGCGAUGACGGACGCAGAAAACGAUCAAUUCCCGCUAAAUCCCACAAACACAGCAAAGAGUCGAGCGCCGAGAAGACGGCCGCCGCCGC